AUGAAAUUAUAUCAUUUGAACCUAUUAUUUGUUGUGCUAACUAAUGGAUUAUUAUCAGUCAGUGGAGCACGUUUGAAGUGCCCGUCUGUUUCUAUUGCAAAUGGAAGUUUUAAAAUCCGUUCGAAAGGACGAAUUAUUGUCUACAAGUGCUCCAGAGGAUUUUAUUUACUCGGUGAAGCUUAUGCGGCUUGUAUUAAGGGAAAAUGGGAUUCUAAUCCACCUGUUUGCAUGAAACCUGGUUGCCCUCGCCCAACUAAUUUAUUAAAUGGAAAAGUGCAAGAUAGUUGGAGAUCAUCUUUAUUGAAGUUCACAUGUAAUCCUGGUUUCAAACUUAUUGGGCCACCUUAUAUUUAUUGCAACGGAAGACAAUGGAAUGCUCCUCAACCUAUCUGUCAAGCUGUUGAUAUCAAGUGCGACUUUGAGAAAAAAAAUACAUGUAAUUGGAUUAUAGAUGAUUAUGAUGAUGACGAUUUUAAUUGGCGUUUGCAGCAACAUGAAACUCCUUCUCGAGUUCUUAAAACAGGACCUUUACAUGACCACACUCUGUCUCCUAAUACGACAGGUCAAUACCUUGUGCUGGAUACUAGUGAAUACAUGCCAUCGUCAAAACCAGCUAGAAUUCAUUCGCCAGUCUUCCCACAACCUCCUGAUAACAGUUCUUGUUUUAUAUUUUGGUAUCACAUGUAUGGAAAUACUAUUGGCACACUGAAUGUGUUUCUUAACAAUGUUUUGUCUUUUCAAAGACAGGGUAACCAUGGCGAUCGUUGGAUAAAAGGAAUUAUUUCUCUUAGUGAAAAUGUUACCAGGAGUGAUUUACAGGUUAUAAUUGAAGGCACUUAUGGUGGGGGAUAUACAGGUGACAUCGGUUUAGACGACUUCUCUAUAGGCAAUGGGACUGAUUGCUUAGGUUCUGCAGUUAAAUCCUGUGUUGGAAGAUGUUAUGAAGAUAAGAAUGAGGUAUCUUCAUGUUUAUGCAAUCCCGAAUGCUCAGUUGAUGCUUCCUGCUGCGAAGAUUUUCUGGAUGUCUGUAGUAUAGAAUCUACAACACCAUUUUUUGAGGCAAGUACUGGGGUCGAAGAUAGCACACAAGUAUAUUCCGACACCUCUGGAACUACAGACUAUGAGACUAGUUAUUCUGAACCUAUUAGCUCGACUGAAUUAGGAUUCACUGCCGCCUCAGAAAAUAGUACUGACACAAGCAGUUUUACGUCUUUACAAGAUUUAGAUUCAAUAUAUUCAAAAGCAGAUGUUGAACAAUUUGAAAAAACAGAAUUUUUAAAUAGUAGUGGAAAAAAUCAUGAUGUUACUGGUACUGAAUUUCAUUCUCUCAGUACCUCUUCAUAUGCCCAAAAAGAACACGGAACAACCAAUUCUACUAAAGAAACUAUUAUUGUAAAUAGAUUUGCUUUUUCAACAGGCAUAAUGGCUCAAACAACAGAUAGAACUACUGUUUCUACUCCUGAAAACAAUAUUACAGUCAAGAGUUUUUAUAAUACCACGACUGAGGCAACUUCAAAGCAUUAUGAUUACUUGUUUAAAUUAAAUAGCCUUGGAACAACUUCUACUAAAGCUGAUUUAAGUAAAUUUACAAAGUUUAUAACUAAUUCAAUUAAAACCACUAUUAUACCUCAGGCAAUAUCGACCAAAACAUUUUUCUUUAAAGUUCCGACUGACAAAACUUUCAAUCCAAACAAUUUAACGGAAAAUACUACAACCUUGAUGCCUUUGAAAAUCUUAAGAACCAAAGAACCUGAUAUUAACAAUAAAACUGACAAUAAAGGUAGUACCACCAAUAUGCCGUUGAAAAUUAUUACAUUAAAAAUCAAAGAGCCUAAUAUAAACAAUAUAACUGAACGUAAAAGUAGUACAACCUAUCUGCCUUUGAAAAUUAAUUUAUUAACUACCAAAGAACCUAAUAAAAACAAUAAAACUGAAAAUAGACGUAGUACAACUUAUAUGCCUUUUAAAAUUAAUUUAUUAACAACCAAAGAACCUAAUAUAAACAAUAAAACUGAAAAUAGAGGUAGUACAACUUAUAUGCCUUUGAAAAUUAAUUUAUUAACAACCAAAGAACCUAAUAUAAACAAUAAAACUGAAAAUAAAAGUAGUACAACCUUUAUAACUGUGAAAAUGAAUACAUUGAAAAGCAAACAGCCUAAUACUAACAAAAAUUUUACUACCAACAAAACGGUAUUCUUAACAUCAAAACAUACUCAAUCUACUACGCCAUUCCAUUCAACGAAGGUUUACCAAACCACUCCCGUUCCUAACUUGACCUCUAGCAGGACAUCUAAAUCUGUUACGAAAAGCCUUAACCCAUUAGGAAAUGGAACCACUCUUCAUUCGAUGGCUCCAUCCAAUAAGAUUACACCAGUCCAAUCUUCAACAAAUGCUAUACUUAAAAAUUUAAAAAGUAUAACACCUUCUUUAGAGAAGAAUAAAUUUUAUUUCAACAUCACAUCUACCAUUGUGCCACUGUUCCAUAACGUUACUGUACCGACAACAUCUGUUCAAACGAAAAUGGCUACCAGUAAAGUUGAUAGUAAAAAGAUAGUUAAUGAUUCUCAUACUCAUUUACAAACUACCUCGCAAUCUCCUCCUCUUUUGAAUACUACCGAAGGAUCAGUCCCAUUCACUUUUAUUAUAACAAAUACACAGCCAAUCAAACUUAAUACAGUUAAUAGAUCUAAAAAAUGGAAAUCAAUAUACAAACCGAAAGGUGAGUUUUAUAAUAUGAUAGGUUUUUGUUUAUCCUGUUACAGAAACUUUGCUUAAUCGUAUUACCUCAUAAUAUUUUUAUUUUUCAGAUAGAUUUAUGUUCUCUGCAGUUCGGAGUAAUAAAGAUAGUGACAAUAAGACUUACAUAAUAUUAUCGACUUGCGCCGUAGUAAUUGGUAUUAUAAGUUCUUUGCUGGUAGUUCUCUUCAUCAGAAGAAGGAGACUAAGGCUUGUGAAUGAGUUAGAAGAAGCGGACACAGACAUAUUAUACCAUUCCUCUCAGGAAAUGUUGGAUCUCCAUAUUGCGAGGCCGAACCAUUAAAACAUAAUAUGUUCUCAUUUUUUUUUUUUUUUACUUUAGACUGAUAUAAUUUGUGUGUAGUUUAAGAAAAAUUUGAAGCUGUAAAUUUAAUUAAAACAAAAUAUUUUGUAUGUGACAGAUAAAAAAAAAUAAAAAUUGGCAAGAUUUUCGAUGAAUGAAAGAUAUUGUUAACAGUAUUUUAUAUGAAAUGUCUUGUGUUGAGCAUGUACAAUGUUAUGAACGAUUGUCGUAGUUCCUUAGUUUGUUGUAUAGUAACUGUUAUUAAUAAUUUUGUUAUUAGUUUUGAGGACUCUUAAUGAUUUUUUGUAAGAUAAUUUUUGAUUAAAAUUUAAUUUAUUGUAAUUUUUGAAAUUUAGGUUUUAAAUUUGCUCUGUUUUAACAUUGAUAAGUUUAUAUCUUUUUUAUAAUUACUUAUUUAUUGCAAUGAAUUGAGAAGAAGAAUUUUAAAGAGUUGUACGUCAAGAAUAAUGAUUUUGUUUGCUUUUGAUUAUUGAUUCAUGUGAUAUUGUGAUUUAAUUUUUUUUUCUAAAUAAAAUAUAAGCCUG